ACCUGAACAGGUAAGAAAAAAAAAAAAAAAUUAAUAAAUAAAAAACUUUUGGCUAGCUGAAUGCACAGGAGGUUUCCUUCUUAUCAAACUGGAAGAAGUUUCCAUCAUGUUGCCAUCUUCGCAAAAAAUGAGCCUCCAUGUGAUGCCUUAUCGUUACGUGGACUUGCUUGCUCGCCUUCCCAUUUAGUCCCAAUUAAGACAUUCCUUGCUGUCACUGUUUGCCCCUUCGCUGUUGUAGGGGGCACUGAAUCCCCCCGCACACCCCGCGGCGCUGCCCACUGGCGAGUCAACCGAUUGGGUAUCCCAACACAGGGUUAAGUGCCAAGGCAUGUACUCCGCCACAGGCACAUACAUUUUCAGCGUGUGUGAUUUUUUCCCCCCUUUGCUAACUCGCGCAGGAGCUUCUCCAAAACUGUUGUAAAAGAUGUAGUGCGCGUGGCCGGCCCCAGCAGAAUCGCGCCUUUUUCUUCCCCAUGUUACUCCCGCUCCCUUUGCCUCUCUCCCCUUUGGAAUAAUGAAAAAGGGCCCCCUGUUCCUCCUGACAUGCCUCUACUUCAUUUGCGCAAGCAACAAAUGCAAGGGGUUGAAAAUAAACAGGGCGGCGAGAACUCCAAAUGUGUUGUUCAGCAUAGCGGGAAAAGGCGAAAGAAAGGCUAACCUUAAUGCGAAUAGCAGGGGGGGAAAAAACAACCCAACCAAUGAUACCCAUAAGAAGAAAGUGAGCGAACAGGUGGGAAAUAAAUUUCUCCAGCUGGAACAAAACAAACGGAUAUCCAUCAACCCGCUGUUCAACUCCCUAUGCAAAAAUGUGAGCGUCAGUGAAGCCUGCCUGUACAAUGUGCAGGAAUUUUUUAACGAGGCAAACUACAACAAUGGGAGGAUUGCAAACCAGGGGGAUAAGAAACUCUUCUGCGGUGUCCUAUACGGGACGUAUGAGGAUGACUCUAUAGUGAAAAUUGAAAAUGUAUUUUUUGCGUUGAACCGCCCGAAACAAAUGUAUGAUGUGGAUUACCUGCUCAAUAGUGAAGACAGGAGGAAGGCGGACGCGCUGGCAAAGAUGCUCAACUUGGAAGUGGUGGGGGUCCUCUAUGCCUACCCAGACAUCGGGGUAGACUUAAGUGCGUCCAACAAGAAAAAAAAAAAUUUCGUAAAACUUAACAAGAAGAUAAAGACGCUGAAUGAUGAGGAGAACGAGCUGUUCAUCCCCAUGGGGGGGAGGGAGGUUCUCCUCGCGCUCACAGUGAUGAGGCAGCGCGAGUGCUGCUCGCGGGGGAAUCUGCCACGCAGUGGAGCGGCCACCAGUGGAGUGACCAACAGUGGAGUACCCCCAAACGGAGCACCCCUUCUGGACGCGCAAAAACGUCCGCCCAAAACUUCUCAAAACCGCUCACCCAGGAAAAAAAAAAAAAAAAAAAAAAAAAUCCCCAACGUAAAGCCAUUCAUCACGCUGUCCGUCGGCAUGGACAAAAGCUCCAAGUCGAUAGUCGUCGAGGCGUACGAAAUGAAUUACGACUUGCUGAAGCUGCUAAAUAAGGACAUCAUCAAAGACAUGCAAAAGCAGAACAGCAUACUGCAGUUCGAAGCAAACAAAAAUGAAAAGGACCAAAAGAUAAAAAACUUCAACACAGAAGUGGACCUAAUGAAUGAGUUAUAUUUGAAAUGUAAAAGUGACAUCCUCAUCGAGAAAAUCCAAGUGAAGCAAAUCGACGUCCUCUUUUGUGUUAACAACGUCCCCAUUCUUUCCCAUAAAAGCCUCUACAACAGUUUCUUCCCCUACCCGAAAAAUAGCAACUACUACGCCAUUCUGCAGAGGUUUAAUUACAUGUCUAGAUCGUUACGCAAUCAAAAGGACAUGGUCAGUAUCUUCCGCGACUUUAACUUCCUCCUUUUCCUCACGAACAUUUUUUCAUUCGACCGUGACAUCCCUCCCAUUUGUAAAGCCGUCAACGAUGCGAGCAACGCUGUGGGCAUUCCCGACCAGUACGUAAGCAUUUUGAGGAGCCUCUCCCAAAGUGCGAAUGAGCCUCAGUAG